CGGACCAGGAAAGUGUCGAACUGCCCAAGUAGGAAGGGAUCAGGAACGACUCUCCGCCGCGUCAAGGCUGAUAUUGAGUUUCUGGUUUGUGUCACAGUUGCAUGGAUGAUGUACGGACGUAUGUAAAUGGGUUAGUCUGCAUGAGAGAGAGGGUGUGUGCGCGUGGUCCGGCCACCCGGUUGGGUGAAGAGGUGGGUGUCCCGAGUAGGAUGAAGAGGGGAUCCGAGCCAGUCCAGUCACUCCGGCCGAAGAGAAUGGCUGGUGGAUGGCUAGGUUUCACGUCGUCCUGCACAUUCCAACCAAAACAGUACAUUAGAGUACCUCAUCACGUCGCAGUGAAGCGUUGCAGAGCGAUACACUACCUACUAUCGCGGGUUGCUGGGGAUGCAGAAGCUUGGACGUGGCUUAUUGUGAUGGUUCAGCCAGCAAUCCCCAUUCUGGGUUUGAAUGCUCUAUUUUCGGAUUAUGGAGACAUCUAGGGUUUCGCGAAUCUAUAGUUGAAGAGCUGCCGAAAGAUUCGGGAGGGUUCGCGAGAACUUCCGUGGUACAGUGCGGAGGGGACGUGGGGAAAAAGAGA